AUGACUUUCGCAAUUCUCGGCUGCGGGAUUGUCGGACUCUACACGGCUCUUAAUCUUGUUGAAAGUGGCGUCAGAGGCUCCGAAAUCACCAUUGUAGCAGAGUAUUUGCCGGGCGAUCAGUCAAUCAACUACACGUCUCCGUGGGCCGGAGGCAACUUCAGCUGCAUAUCUCCUGAUGAUGCUCAGACAUUGCAUUUUGAUAGAACUACCUACACACACUUGGCUGCCAUUCAGAAGCUUUUAGGUUCUGGGUGUGGUUUAGAUCGCCGCCCCAGUACUGAGUACUGGGAGUAUCUUCCUGAUCAGCGCAAAAUUGAGUCUUUGAGCUCGUAUUUACAGGAUUUCGCGAUUAUACCAUCUUCCCAACUUCCUGAAGGGGCAGCCUUCGGAAUUACGUAUGUCUCGUGGAACUUCAACUGUCCAAAGUUCCUAGAAGUGCUGAAAGAAUAUCUUGCUACCACCGGCGUUGUCUUCGUGCGGAGGAAAAUCCAGAAUGUCGAUGAGAUGUUCGAGUUUGCCAGGACCGUCUUUAAUUGUACGGGAAUUGGUGCCAGAGGACUGGGUGGAGCCGAAGACGAAAACAUUUAUCCUGCCAGAGGCCAGGUUGUGGUGAUCAAGGCUCCCCACAUAAAUGAGAACCGCAUGCGAUGGGGAACUGAGGACGUUACGUAUGUCAUUCCUCGACCAGAUUCUGGGUCUCAGGUGGUGCUGGGUGGCUAUUUGCAGGCCAAUAACUGGUGUGCCGAUACGUGGAAAACGGAAACCGAUGACAUUAUUCGUAGGACUAGUCAACUCGGCGCGAAAAAGGAGUGCUGA